UCACCAUGUCUAAAAAUAAAAAGUCUGGUUCAUUGCCGCCAGUCCAGCCCUCAACUUCUGAGGGGAAAGAAGCUCUGGACUUUAAGGCCACUGAUGAAGAGGAGAUAGCGGUUGCUGAGGUGGAUGAGAAUUCUAGUGCGUUGGUCCGCUCUGAGGAAACCCAGCUCCAGUGUGAUUUCAUCCCAGAGGAAAUUAUUCUGUCUCUGACCAACGCAGCCUAUGCCUUUGGUUGUCCUGAAUCCCUGCUACCCCCUAAGAAAGUCAAAACUGUCAAAGAAAUGAAGCCUGGCAUGCGCGCCACUAGCGGUGUUUGGCAUCACCCAUGCCGAAGGAACAAGUUCCGACACCUGACGGAUAACCCUGUCUCCUUCACGGGAGCUGGAAGGGAUGUUUCUUUUUUGUAUGACGUUAAGGCUGAAAAACUGGCGGAUUCAUGGCUUCCACAGCUGGUAAAAGAGAUCACUUCUACUAAAGAGAAGCCACACAAGGGCUUGUCUAUACCUCGGACAUCACCAAAGAAGUUAACAGAUACUCUGAUCCCUGAAGAAUUUCACAUUGUGUCCAAUACAGGAGUUCAAGGUCUACAAUAUUUCGAUGAUAAAUACACAACCCUGCUAACCGACAGUCAGAAUAGGCUGCUACUUUUCCCGUCCAUGAAACCAAAUAAGAGAAUUGAAGUGAUUCAGCUGAAGAAUGUGAUGGAUAUGAUGCUAGAGAAGGCUGGUGUAGAUGCUGACAAAACAGUAAACCCAACCCAGAUGCACAGACUUCUUGAAGUGCUGAAGACUGAGCAGAACAUUUACAAUACGGUAUUUCAUGAAAUCAUUCGACAAAUCAGUGUGGAGUGCUCAGAGAGAGGAGAACUCUUGUCUAAUAUAAGACAGAGGUAUGUAAACUUGCUUGACCUAAUAGCUCGGCAGAUGAUUGAUUUUUACAAAGACAUGGUGGCCCAACGCAUAAUGGACAAGCGCAUCAUAGAGGAACUGUUUAACUUCAAGAAGGUUGUUGAAGAGCUGAGCAGAGAGCUAUUUCUAGUUCGAGAGUAUGAUUUAAAGUUGAGGAAGAAAUCAGAGAAGAUUCAUGAGGAGCUGAUGAUGGCUCUCAGUAAUGCAGAGAAGAAUGCCAGAAUUGUGGAGCAAUAUCACGACUUAUAUACAUCACAAAGAGCAAGGAUGGAAGCUGACAUUAAGCAGUUAACUUCAGAAAGAGACAUCUGGAGCUCAGCCACCUAUGACUUGGCCCUGAAGGUCAUUAGCAGAAACAACCUCACAAUGACCAGAAGGCUUUAUCUUAAUGAAAAGGCUUGGAAUAAAUAUGUCACACAUUUCAUUUUAAUGUUGGCAACCCAGGAUGCAACGGAUCUUUCCCAACUGCAGAAGGCUACACAGCAAUGGAGAAGUCUUUUUAGACAUUUCAAAUAUGAUUUGGAGAUAAGUGAAGAAAACAUCAAAGAGAGGGUGAAUUUUAUGAAGAACACUCUCAUGAAAUUGCAGAGGUUCUUCGAGAAAAAUACUGUGAAUGGUGUCCUAGGUCCCAUCAAGGAAUCUACCAUGAAGUCAAUAUGUGAGGACUUCAAGAAAUGUAACAAAAUAUUGAAUGAAGAUGCUGACAAUUAUGGUGGAGAUAAACUUCUUGAAAAGGUAGAGACCCUCAAGAUUGCUGUUCGACUACAAGGAUCCUGGACAGAGUAUGGGAAAGCAAUAAUGAAUCGUCAUAAAAGUAUAGAUGGGGACUUUCCCUCACAACAGGGCCUCCUGGAAGAGAUUAAUGAGAAUGGUACAAGACUUUGCAGAGAAUAUGAAUCAAGAGUGAAUGGAGGAGAAAAUGGUUAUAACAAGUUUUUUCUAAGCUUAAAUAACGCUUUUGAAAUGUGGAUAUACAAGAUGGAAAGUGACCAUCCAAUUUCUUCAAUGAAUCAGGCGGAUUGGAAGACACUGUGUGGGAAAAUUCCUGAAUUGCUUAGUUUCCUGGAUGGGAUGUUAGAAGUUAUCGGUAUUAUCCCAUUGACUGACGAGCAGAUAAAGAAUAAUUAUAUCCCGGUAGUCCAAACUAAUGUGUUUCACAUGAUGCAACAGUGGAUUUUGACCAUAUCUAAUGGGACUGACAAAGACAACUCUGAGCUUCAUCACCAAGUGAAUGAACUUCAUAUAUCCAUGAUUAAGUGGAUGGUAAAUUUGCUCAUUUUAAUGGUACCUAACUAUACUGAUGAGGAUUCUCUCCCAAAGACUGAACAAGAUAAAAGUGAUGAGGAAGUUCGUCUUCAUACAGGCAUUGCUACAUUGGAGCUAGAAGGCAUGUCACUAGCAAAAAUGUUGGGCCGAUUCUCUAUCUAUAUAUUCAGUUGUUGCAAAAACACAGUGGCAACAAUGGCUAUGAAGAAAGCAGCUUCUUUAGAUCCAGAUGCUAAUAAAGAGGUUGAGGAUCUGGCAAAUAUUAAGAAAGAAUGUGUCGAAUGGGUUACUACAUGUAAUCUCCUCCUUUCUGAGAUUAAAGGAAGAAAAGUCACUUUGUUGACAGCUGAAGAUAUAAGAAACCUGUAUGAAUAUGAGCUAGCCGUGGACCACAAGAACUACAACGUGAGCGCAUGGGAGAAGACUUUUGGGGAAAUGGCAUACAAAGAGCUGGAAGAACUACUUGAGGCAGAAGAGUCUCCAAAAGUAGCCGUAGAAAAGGAAGUUGAAGUUUCUUCAAAAACAGAAACUGUUGUUUGGUAUCUUGGAAAAGAUCAAAACAUCCAUUCCAGAACUCUAGAAGUAGAAAAAUUGUCACCUACAGAGGAAGAAGCCCUUGAGCUUGCUAAAUUCACCACCAAUGAAAAGGAAAGACUUGAAGCACUGGCCCUGAUUGAACAUUUGCAAAUGAAACUCCUAGAUACAGAAGUUCGUGUCCAGCUUGCUGAAGAGAAAUAUGAAGAGAUAAAUGAGAAGCUGAAUGAAGCCCUUGUGAAAAACCACGAGCUAGAGAAGGAGCUGGAGAAAGCCAACGCACGGUUAAAUAUUCUCUGCAUUAAAGAACCAGACAAAGAAGAGGAUCAGGAUGAGGACGAUGACAAAAAAGAGGAAUCCCCUCAAAAGAAAGGUGAUGGUUAUAUUCUAAGUUUAGAAUAA